AUGGUCUCUAUUCGAGUUCCUACCUGGUCGUCCAAUCCACUAGACACAGCCUGGGCAAGCGUCACCUUGGGAUUGAGAAACCGAGCUCCUGGUCGCUGUAUGAUGAGUGUCCACGACACCGAGCUUCCCUCGAAACCCCGUCCGCCACAGAAUCAACAACAAUCUGCCUGGAAAUCACACAAACAGGUUCGGAUUAUUGUCUACUACACAUGGGCUCUCACAUGCCUCAGUUUCGUCUGGUUUAUCGUCGCGCAGGUGAUACUCGUCGCCACAAGAGGCACGAUGGAUAAGCCUUGCAAUGGCUGUAAUGCCUAUUUGGGAACGAACUGGAAUCUACUGCGAGAUGUCGGCGGCACCCCGAUGAGUGCCGCCAUCCUUCCCGAGUACCAGCCGGCUUUCUUUGCCGGAUUGUUUGCGCUCUUCUAUGUAUUCCAAGGUUUAAUGACCCUGGCGCUCCAUUGCGCCGAUCUCAUUGCCGCCGUCUACUUGGAUGAACAGAUCUGGCGCGAAUGCUACACUGCUGGCGCAGACUACAACCCCCGACCCAACGCAUUGCUUCAGGGAAUAACCAGCCGCGCCACGGGCACGCUUUUCGUGCUCAAAAUCGUGCUGCACUGGCUCUUCGGGAAUGCGGUUUCCUACGCAUAUAACUGGGGCUUGUUUUUUUCGACCACCGCCUCUUCUCUACCUCAGCCUUGGGGCCAUGGGUCUGGCGGCCUUUGUCACAUACCUGAGCUUGCAGAAACCUCAGGGUCAACAGCCCGCGACAUUCGGCCAUCUUCAGACCUUAGUGGAUUUGGUGGACGAGUGGCAUUUGUAAUUAUUCUGGGGUGA